CGGAUGUCGGAAAUUGUUGAUUCAGUAAUGUUAAGUUUCCUUUUGCUGUGAACAUUGCCCUUGCAAGUUGGAAACGUACGUCAGACAAGCAAGUUGUGCCUUUAAAUCGGAUGACUGUACGGCGGAUAACCGGGUAUUAUUGACUGCGAGUUCGACGAACGUUCAAUUCUGAACCUCUAACUGGCCCCUGCGACAAGCAAAUACUGGUACAUCGCCGUCACAUAUAUCCAGAAACCUGCAAUCCAAUCAUCGCAUAAAUAUCUGAUUCGAACAAUUGGUGGUGACGUACUGCAGAUCGGAGUCUAGCAAUUCAGAUCUCAGCUGAUAAACUCUCCAGAUGUCUUUCGUUCCUCCUGAACUUGUCUUAUGCAUCUUAGAACACGGGUACUACACCUCGCUGCGCACCCCAAACUAUACCCUCCUCAAAACUGCUGCGCUGGUGUGCAAGACCUGGUCAGGACCUGCACAAACCUUACUCUUUCGUUGCGCCACAAAACUUGAGCAACACAAUAUCCCCAUAUUUCGUGCAGCACUACUCUCUUCGCCAGGCCGGGGGAAAGCCUUAGGUGAAUGUGUACGAAUCCUCGAAAUAUCAAUCGGGGGAACUUCGAAUGGGGGACUCGGAUGCAGUGCGGAUGACUUUGUAAUCCUUCUGCAAGCUUGCCCUCAGUUGUACGAGCUCGCGCUGAGCAUCACCGGAUUACACGAAUUCGAGGAGGAGAUACUAAAGAAGCUGGGAGAUGUAGGGAGGAAAAUAAAAGCGCUUACACUGGUGCAGUGUGGACUUCAAUCGCCCAUCCUUUUCCAAUUGCUCAAGAUAUGGAAUAACAUCCAAUUUCUCAAAAUUGAAAAGGAGAUUGCGGCGUGGCCAUGGCGCACUGCCACUACGCCGGUUCUGCGGAUGAAUACCGACGCUGACGAGUUGGCACACCGACCUGGUGCAGAGGUCUGCUUGUAUGAGCUUGCCCUGACGAGGUUUCCAACACCAGAUGUUUUAACCUGGUUGCUUGAAUCAUCCGCCGACUCCCUGCGCAUCCUAGAGCUGCGAGAUAUACCAGGACCCACGCAUCGAAGUAUUCUUUCUCUGCACGCGCCGCGACUUCGCUCCCUCCGUCUCGGGCACUACAAUAUCUAUUCUGCUGCUCUGCUCCGUAUGUGCACUGCUCUGGAAGAGCUAGUAAUUUACCAUGUGCCCACACAUUUUCCACUAGCACCCGACCUCCCGCCCACUAUCGAACACCUUUCUUUCAGAAAUCCCAAUCACGUUUACCGCAACACGCUCCAGCCUAUUAUCGAAGCAGUGGAUGCGCUCCCAAGCCUUAAAGUUCUGACGUGUGACAAGAACGCAGAGCAGCUGGUUGGAGAUUAUGAGAUAUUGAAGGCGAAAUGUAGAAUGAAGGGUACAGAGGUUGUCGUGUCAGAUAUACCGUUCUGGGUGUAUGAGGACCCUGUCAAGGUACACCGUUUUCCUCGAACUCGUUCUGUGUCGAACUUCGAUGCGAUGUUUUAAACACGAGAAAAGAACCAAAGAAACUGCCGGCGCUAAUUUUUUGUGGUAUACGUCACGAGCUUAAAUCACUACACUAUGGGAAAGAUAUAGUCGGAACCCCUAUGGAAGAUUUGCGACAGGCUAUAUCUCAACACGUUGGUACGGGUUUCUGUGGAUCUCAUUCAUCGCGAACAUUCGAGGGCUGCAAAUCUAUAACAACCGGCUCAAAAAAAACAAACCAGGGUGAAAAGCAGGACGAGAGGCUAAAAAGCGACACUUGAAUACAAUCGAAGCAGACACCAGCCUGACAGCAGGGUAGGUCCACGGAUAAUUUGGUAGAGAACGUGUUUGCUGCAGGCCAAACCCAAGUCAGGAACAUCUCAAAAUACAC